GGAGGGUGCAGAACUUGGUGAUGUGGGACUUGUGGGUCUCGCUGAUCCAACAUGGCCGCUCAGAACAGCAGCACGACAUUCAGCAGAGGAACCAAAAUCUUCAGGACUCUUCUUAGCUGCUGGUCCCCUCCGGGACCGGUUCAGAUCAGGACCGAGGCGGUCCGAAGAUGCCUGUCCGUGACUCCUCCGAGCGGAACCUGGAGCACCGCUCUGUCCCGUCUGUCCUACCCGGAUCUGUACCGGCUCUCGGUCACGAAUCCGGAUCAGUUCUGGGGCUCCGUCGCUGCUGACAGGCUGCGCUGGGUGGAACCGUUCCGUCAGGUCCGGGACUGCGAACUGAGCAGCGGCCGGAUCCGCUGGUUCCUGGGAGGGAAACUCAACGUCUCCGUUAACUGUCUGGACGUCCACGUGGACAAGCAUCCAGACCGAGUGGCUCUGAUCUGGGAACGAGAUGAACCCGGAACAGAGGAGAAGAUCACUUACAGAGCGCUGCACGAGAUGACCUGCCGCCUCGCCAACACGCUGAAGAGCUAUGGGGUCCACAGGGGGGACCGGGUGGCCGUGUACAUGCCCAUGUCGCCGCUGGCAGUGGCAGCCAUGUUGGCUUGUGCUCGUAUCGGCGCUGUGCACACCGUGGUGUUUGCUGGCUUCAGUGCUGAAGCUCUGGCGGGGAGGAUCAAGGACGCGCGCUGAAGAGCACUGAAAUUUGACUUUUAGCCA